UCUCUCUCUCUCUCAGCCCUCUUGCUUCUCUAUCUAGAACUAGAAGAAGAGCUCGUUCGCAAUCUCCACCAGUCAAAGCCGCUUUCUGCUGAAGUUUAUUCUCGAGCGACGGAGCUCGCUUCGAGCGAAUGAUUUACUGCUUGUUUCGCUCUGGAUUCAUGCUCUGAGCUUUGGAUUGUGGAUUGGUUUCGUUGUUUUUGUAAGUGCUCAUCUAGGUUCUCUGCUGCUGCUGCUGAAUCGACCUCAGGAAUGGAGAUAGUGGUUCACUAGAGGAUCGAAGGAGACAGCAAUUUCUAACGGACGUCAUGCAUGAGUUAUAUGGUCAAUCGAGCUAUCAGGCAUUUCUAGUUGCUGUGGAUUUUGAGUCCAGUUGAUGGGGGCUCUACCGGUGGACAAUGAUAGUGGCAAUGAUGGGGUGUCUGUUGAACAAAGCAUUCAUAUGCACCAUGAGCAGAAUGGAGGAACCAAUGGAAAUAUGCAUGAGGAGCAGUGUCGAAAUUCAUCUGAAGAAGACAAUUCUAAGUCUAAUGAUGUAACGGAAUAUGGUAACGUUUGUCCUAGUCUGGAUAUUCAGGCACAUGAUGGUUUUCAAGUACAGGCACAACAGCCCCAAGGGCCACAACAGCCUCAUGGGCCUACGGUACUAUGGGAGACGUUCCUCCCCAUCAAGACAGUUAAGGUUCUUCUUGUUGAAAACGAUGAUUCAACACGGCAAGUUGUUAGUGCGCUGCUACGGAAUUGUGGCUAUGAAGUUACUGCUGUUGCAAAUGGUAUUCAGGCAUGGAAAAUCCUAGAAGAUCCAAUGGAUCAGAUUGACCUUGUCUUGACAGAAGUAGUCAUGCCUUUGCUAACAGGAAUAGGUCUUCUUAGCAGGAUUAUGGGCCACAAGACCUUCAAGAAUAUUCCAGUAAUAAUGAUGUCUUCUCAUGAUUCUAUGGGCAUAGUAUUUAAAUGUCUGUCAAAGGGUGCAGUUGACUUUUUGGUGAAACCUAUCCGAAAGAAUGAACUUAAGAACCUUUGGCAGCACGUGUGGAGGAGAUGCCACAGUUCUAGUGGCAGUGGAAGUGAGAGUGGGACACACACCAAAAUGUCCAAGGAAUUGAGAAGCAAUGAUGGCUAUGAGACCAAUAAUGGUAGCAGUGAAGAGCAGGAUAAUGGAAGCAACGGUUUGAGCAUGCAGAAUGGAAGUGAUGAUGGAAGUGGCACUCAGAGUUCAUGGACAAAAAAGACGGCCGAAGCUGACAGCCCUAAGCCAGUAUCAACUUCGAACGAAUGGGCGGAUGCUCCUGAUAGCACUUGCGCUCAGGUGAUUCAUACUGGGGCAGAAACACUCAAAAUGGAAGAAGAAGAACCGGGCACUGCGGAAAUGGGCAAGGAUGGAAAAAGAGCCGCUACUUGUCAAGAUUCUAAGCAUGGAUAUCAGCAUGACAGAUGUCAAGAUUCUAUGCAUAAAUAUCAGCAUGAUAGAUCCAAGAACGCACCCUCCAUUAUAGAACCUAAACCAUUUGAUAAAGGACAACCGGGGCUCGACUUUGACUUAGGUGGCAAAUCUAGAAAUAAAGAACCCAAAAUGACUGGUGAAACAGCCAAUUACCUAGAUGUGCAGACUGAAAGUACAGUUUUUGACACCAGAGAUGGUAUUUCCAAGAUCUCACCUGACUGUGAUUCUAAAGAACUUCCAUCACUUGAACUAACGCUUAAAAGGCUGGAAGGAGUGGGCGAUUCUGGGAAAAGUGCCCUUGGUGAUCACAAAGUUUUGAGGCAUUCUGACCUAUCAGCAUUCUCCAAGUUCAAUGCAACCUCUUCGGUGAAUCAGGGUCAGGCAGGAACUACUGGAAGCUGUUCUGCAUUUGAUAAUUGUUCAGUUGCAGUAAGAAUGGAGAGAGAUUUUCCUUCUUGUUCACUUGGUACUCCUCCAUAUCGUCAGUCUAACACGAGUAGCAGCAAUAAUGAAUUUGGUUUGAGUAGUAAAACUGCUAUAAAGCCAGAAGUAGUAUCAACUUUUAAAUCUUCGGAGUCUUCCGCCUUUCAACCAGUACAGCAUGGUUAUGUGUCUUCAUCUUGGCAAGAGUUGUCUGGAAGGGAAAAUGAUGCUUGUUCUAACACAAUCCAACCGCCAUCAACUAGUCCACGUCAGCACAUUCAUAUCCGCUACCACCAUCACCACCACCACCACCACUAUCAUCAUCAUCUCGACAGCUUGCAGCAGCAGCAGCAACAACAACAACCUGACCACAAGGAUCUUUCAGUCAAGAACAUGGCAGCAGCUACUCCACGACGUGGAUCAUCAAAUGCAUUCCAAGAUCAUUUAGAAGGUAAUACUGGGAACUAUAGCGUAAGUGGGAGCGUCUCUGGGAGUAAUCAUGGGAGCAACGGGAAUACUGGAAGUAGAGGUGUGCCAAAUGGUGGAGAGAAUGAUAAGGUAAAGGAUGAGGGAGUUGCUGGACAUCCUGGAGAUGGUGUUACUGAGAAUGUUAAUGGUGGUGGACCAGAUGAAGAGCGAAUUUUACUGAGGGAGGCAGCCUUAUCCAAAUUUCGACAGAAAAGGAAGGAAAGAUGCUUUGAGAAGAGGGUUCGUUAUGAAAGCAGAAAAAAACUAGCAGAGCAGCGACCUCGGGUGCGAGGACAGUUUGUUCGACAGACAACGUCGGACAGCAAAGUGGUUGAUGACUGCCAGAGCAACGACUCGAUCUCGAAGGACAACUCUUGCAACAGUGUUCGAUGACAGGAGGAGGAAUGCGCGUUGAUGGUCGAUCAUUGUUGUUCAGGGCACAAAGGCAUGUAUGAACGUGAGCCUUUACACUGGCGUUGUCUUUUACCAAAAGAUGUUUUAGUGUUGUUGUUGUGGAAAUCAAGGUAUGUUAUGAAAACUGUAAGAUAGCACCUGGACUUCACACAUAUCUUUGUAUCUGGGAAAGGAGAUGACGAACCGAUAAGACUCAUGGAUGCCAUAUAACUUCACAUUGCUAAUGUGUUCCUUUUGGCUC